GCUAUCCGCACGCCUGGCAACCGUCCGCACCAAUCAGCCCCGCUCAAAAGAGCAGCACCUCGUCGCCGCCCGCGUCCAACAACAAAAGCUGACGAAGGUCGAUGACGAGCGGACGCAACACCAAUCACGACGGUCUCCUGAGCGCGCCCGUGAUCUUUCAUACCACGUCCCCGCCGCGCUGCAAAACGCGCGCGGCCCGAGGCCUCUCGACGGAGCCCACGAAUGAAGUUUGGGAUGAAACAGUCCAUCACAAUCGCACACACAGGCAAGCAAAUGCUGCGCACGGUAACACGACAGGCGCGACGGCGGUUCGCGGCCCCGGCCACGAAAAAGAAGAAGAAAAAGGGUAAAAAUGAUGAUGACAACCCGCAGGACGGCGCGACGGCCUUCUACCGGGCUAUCUUGGAUGCGCCGCGCAAGACGCGGCCGAAGUUCUCGGAAGAGGAAGCAAAACGGAAUUUUGAAAUCGGCGCGCGAUACAACAAACUGUCGCGGAUCAAGCACUGCGAGUUCGAGGCCGGGCUCCAGCUGAAGCUCGAUCUGCAGCAGUACGCCCUCGCGAGCCUGCCUCCCGACUUACGGAAGCAGGCGAUGAGCUUAGAUGAUGUGCCCCUCCCACCUUUAGAUAGGCGCUUCUGGGCGCUGACGCCGCCGAUCCCGGGCUUCAAGCCCGAGGCGUACCCGGAUGACGACGAGGACUGACCACGACGCCGUCGCCGCGAUGCGCGCCGAUAUUGACUUAACCUUGUGUGAAC